AUGGCGAACUCGGCUAAGAAGAUGAACAUGGAAGAGAGCAACUAUAGAACAAUAGCUAUUGUAGCAACGACACCUUUCAUCGUCAUCGGAGGAAUUUGCAUUGGGUGGAAAUAUGUGAGCCGUGCAUGGAACAAUAAAAAAACCGAUCAUCGGCGGCAGCAAAAGAUACCGAGAUCCAUUUCCAUGGCGGCCAUCCAUGGCGGAAAGCUAGCUUUGGACAGAUUGGUUAAUUAUGGCAAGCAGCAACCAACAACACAAAGUGGUGAUGAUGUAGAACAGCUAAAGACUCUUCUUGAAAAUGAACAACCCAAUUACAAGGAACUUCAGCAAGUUAUUGGAAGACUAGAGAUGAACAGAAGAGAAGAUGAAGCAAUAAAAAUAUUGAAAAAAGCAAUGAAGAAGAAAAAGGCACAAAUGAAGCCCAAUUCAAAUGAAGCUAAUGAGAUUGGAUUGUUGCUUGCUGUAAUGUACAUCUACAAGGGAGAUGUUAAAAAGGCUUCGAAAUGCUUAGCAAAAGUAGGGGCUUCUGAUGCAAAACUUUCUCUUUAUAAGGCUAUUAUUUCCAUGAUGGAUCAAAAGGAACAAGAAGCCAUUCAACAUUGGGAAACCUUUAAAGAAAUUCAAAACCAAACAAUCCCACCAAGUUUCAAUGAAGAAGAAUUCACUGAGUUCAAGAAUGCAGUCUAUCUACUCAAACAGGACAUUGAUGCUGCUGCAACACAACUCAAAAAACAAUAA